UGCAGAGAGGAAGGAAACGGCAGCCGCUGCUCGCCGCACACAUGGUUCUCCUCCAGCACAUCUCCGUGGCCCUGACCGCCGCGCUCGGCUCCGCGCUCGGCUCCGCGCUCUUCAUCGCCCUCAACUACUUCUACAGGAGGCGGGUCUGGUCUCCCCACACGGAGUACUGCACCUUCACCGGGGAGGAAGAGGAAUGCAGGAAGCGUCAGGUCCUAGUCCUUGGUCUGGAUGGGGCCGGGAAGAGUAGCAUGCUGCAGCGUUUGAACCCCGGACAGCUGUCAGCCAAAAGAGGCCACUGCCAGCCCACACGUGGCUUCAACUUCAUGAGCCUCAGUUCCCCCACUUGUCAGCUCAACUUUCUUGAGAUUGGUGGUGCUGAGGACCUGCGGCGCUACUGGACAGACUAUCUAAGGAACACUAAUGUCUUGGUGUAUGUGGUGGACUCAUCUGACAGGAGCCGCCUGCCUGUGGCAAAGACUGAACUUCAUCACCUCUUGAAAGCUGAACCGUAUCUGCCAGUGGUAGUCCUUGGAAAUAAGCAGGAUAAGGUCAAUGCAGUGAGCGUGCCAGAGCUCCAUGAAGCCUUGUGCCUGAGUUCUGUGGCUGAAGACAGGAAGCUCUUCCUACUGGCUGCACAGGUAGGCUCUGACGAAAUCCAGAGGAAGUCUUACCAGGGUCUUGAGGCAUUCCAGAACCUCCUGCUUCAGCUCAUCUGAUCUCCCAAAGAUCAAGAGAAGGAAAUGGCGGGAUUGGAACAGAAGGGUUGAAUAUUAACUUGCUCCUCCUUCUCUCCUUCUAUGACCCAAAAGAAGAGUGGACAGAGUAAUAGAGGCACAAUAUUUAUGGUGAAGGUCAUUUUCAUUUUCCCAUCCCUUCAGCAUAAAGAGGACAAAGACUAGAGGAAUGGAGGCGGACAUUUCAUAAGGGUUCUGCUCUUUGACCUACUGAUGAAGUUUAAGAAAUGGAAGGAUUCCUUUGUGUUCCUCUUUAUCCAUUUUGUGAAACAGCACAAGAACGUGGGAAAAGGUGUAACAAAUUUCUAAAACAACAUGCCUUACCAUCUCUGUUUUCUUCCAACUCAUCUUCAUCCGUAAGAGAGGAGGUCCACAGUGAGGGAGAUAAAGGUUUGUUCAAAAGACUUCAUCUUCCCCCACUAACUCACACUUUUGGUUGGUCUUAUUGUAGUUUUAUGUCAGUUUGUUUGUUUGACCCCCAAAUCAGAAAAGGUUGGGAUGGUAUGAAAAGUGCAAAAAAAAUCAAAACCCAAAACUUUUUUCCAUUGCCGACAGUGUGAACAUAAUAUUUCAUGAUAAUUUGUGAUGUCAUCUUCAUUUCUUUUGUUAAUAUACAUCCAUUUAAGGCCUGCAACACAUUCCAAAAUAGUUGGGACACUCAAACAUUUUUCACUCUGUAAUUCUGUCAUUCCUUCUCACAACACUUAAAAGAUUCUGAUGAUCUGGAGUACUGAUUUGUGUGAACACAGUACAUGUUUAUCACUGAGCGACGGUCCAACCCACUUGCCUCUGAGCUAAGAGAACUUGACUUUGCUUCUGGACAAGGAUAACUUAAAGCUUCCCUUCCCUUCCCUUUUUUUGUUUUUUUUUGCACAGUGAAGUGGCAUUUGUGAAUGUAACUCUGUUUUACGACUUGAUAAAUGUUUCCCAAAGCAUUCCCUUGUCCGUGUGGUUAUAUCAUCUAUUGAUGAAUGGCAGUUCUUGAUGCAAUGCCAGCUGAGGAAUUGGAGGCCACAGGUGUCCAGUUUAGGCUUGCGUUCUUGCCCUUUAUGCACAGAAAUUCCUCAAUUCCUUGAAUCGUUUAAUGAUAUUACGCACUGUGGAGGGAGACAUACAGUUUCCUUCCAAUCUUUCUAUCAGGAACAUUGUUUUUAAAAAUUUCAAAAAAUUUUCACACAUUUGUUGAUAAACUGGAGAUCCUCUAUCCAACUUGGAUACUGCUGUUGUACCAAAUCAUGGUGAAAUCAACUGUUUGAAAUAACAUCAUUUAUUUUAACCUCAUUACUAGCCCAGAAUUGCCCAGUCCCAACUUUUUAUGGGAUGUGUUGCAUAAUAUUAACAAAUGAAAUGACGGUGACCAGUCAUAACGUAAAAUAUCUUUGCUUCCGACUGUCUGCAAUGAAAUAGAAAUAAAUGUAAGAAUCACUGUAAUUUGUGUUUAUUUGCAUUUUCUAUAGUGUUCCAACUGUUUCUGAGAUUUCAUUGUGUAAAAAAAUCUGUAUUUUAAAUUUG